CCAGCCUCACCCAAUAAAAGACUCGUAACCCACCUUUCUCUUUCUCUUUCUUUUCACUUAACCACGGUUCGGUUUUUCGUGACACACCACCGUACGGCUCGUGCUUCUUCUCUCUCUCUCUCUCUCUCUCUCUCUUUAUUUUUUUCUUUCUUUCUCCGAGCCGAACCGGUCGGUCAUGCGUGUGUCACCAACCGUUUAUUACAAACGUUCAUUUUAACGCCUUCUCUAUUAUUCGUGUUUCCUUACUUCUUAUAACAAUAAUCGUCUUGCUCUCGCGAGAACCCGGCGAUUAUUUCAGAUCAGUCGGCAGGAGACCAAAUCCGAAGAUCUCGUUUGUUUCAUUUUCUGAUUUAGAUUGAGAGGUGUAGAGAGUGUGGUAAUGCGGUUUGAGAAUUUGAGGUUUCCACAUUUGGUUUGAAUCUAGAAUUGGAUUUUGGAUCGAGGUGUAAUUGUUAUUUAUUGUUAAUAUCGGUGAUUGAUUGAUUGAUUGAAUCAGAGAUUUUAGGGUUUGUUAUUGGGUACAUUGAACGAAGGUAAGGUUAUGAAGGAGCCGUUGUUGUGGGGGAGAGAAGAGAAGAGUGGGAACAAAAGAGGGAAAGUGAAUUUGGAAGGGUUGUUGAUGACGAUGAUGAGUAACAAUAAAGUUGACAAGUUGAAGAAUACCAUGUCGGUUAGGUCGUCGAGGAUGAAUUUGUGGAUGAUAAGGGCUACAACAUCGGUGAUAUUGUGGAUUUGUAUUGUUCAGUUAACUGCAUUUGGUGAUAUGUGGGGUCCUAGAGUUUUGAAAGGUUGGCCUUCUUGUUUUACACAUGAAUCUGCAAUCAUGGAGUUUCCUUCUACGGUUCCCAGAGUUCUUCCACCCAAGAGAGUUUAUAAAAACAAUGGUUACUUGAUGGUGUCCUGCAAUGGAGGAUUGAAUCAAAUGAGAGCAGCGAUAUGUGAUAUGGUGGUAAUUGCAAGAUAUUUAAAUGUCACACUUAUAGUCCCUGAAUUGGAUAAAGCUUCCUUUUGGGCUGAUCCCAGUGAGUUCCAAGACAUAUUUGAUUUGGAUCAUUUUAUUACAUCUUUGAGAGAUGAAGUGCGGAUAUUGAGAGAGUUGCCUCCUAGACUCAAGCAUAAAGUGGAAAAUGGGUUUCUUUACAGCAUGCCACCGAUUAGUUGGUCUGAUAUGUCGUACUAUAAGAACCAGAUUCUGCCACUAAUACAAAAGUAUAAAGUUGUCCAUUUGAAUCGAACUGAUGCUCGGCUGGCCAAUAAUGGGCAAUCUUUAGAGAUUCAGAAGCUGCGUUGCCGAGUCAAUUUUAGUGCUCUUAGAUUUACUCCUCAGAUUGAGGAGUUAGGAAGAAAGGUGAUCAAUCUUCUGAGGAAAAAUGGUCCAUUUCUGGUUCUUCAUCUGCGGUAUGAGAUGGACAUGUUGGCAUUUUCCGGCUGUACUCAAGGUUGCAACAGUGAUGAGGUGGAUGAAUUGACAAGGAUGAGAUAUGCUUAUCCUUGGUGGAAAGAAAAAAUAAUCAAUUCUGAUUUGAAAAGAAAAGAUGGUUUGUGUCCGUUAACGCCUGAGGAGACUGCCCUUGCGCUUAGGGCCUUUGACAUUGAUCAAAACAUUCAAAUUUAUAUUGCAGCUGGGGAAAUAUAUGGUGGGAGUAGGAGAAUGGCCAGUCUAGCAAAGAGCUAUCCAAAUUUGGUCAGAAAAGAAACACUGUUGGAACCAUCUGAACUUCAGUUCUUCCAAAACCAUUCCUCUCAAAUGGCAGCAUUGGAUUAUCUUGUCUCAUUAGAGAGCGAUAUAUUUGUUCCUACAUAUGAUGGAAAUAUGGCCAAAGUAGUUGAAGGCCAUCGCAGAUACCUUGGGUUCAAAAAAACCAUUUUAUUGAACAGAAAGCUCCUAGUUGAGUUGAUAGAUCAAUACACCAAUGGAGCAUUGAGCUGGGACCAAUUCUCUUCAGCUGUGAAGCAAUCUCAUGCAGAUCGCAUGGGCAGCGCAACAAAAAGAUUGGCAAUCCCUGAUAGGCCAAAAGAAGAGGAUUAUUUCUAUUCCAAUCCAGAGGAAUGUUUAGAAUCAUCAGAAGACAAUAUGUUGAGUAGUACAGCUUGAGUGUAGUGUUCGAAAAUAAUGGAAUUAUACUUGUGUUCUCUACCAGUGCACCAGCUUUCUACCACAAAUACUAAGUUAGACCAGUGCACCAGCUUUCUACCACAAAUACUAAGUUAGACCAGUGCACCAGUUUUAGCAAAGCUGACAGCAUUUAGUAUGGAAGAGGGCAGUCAUAGCGACUGUUAGACGAAGGGUUGGGAGUAGACUUUUCACAAAAAAAAAAACAGCUCGACGACGUCACCAAAAUUUAGCCAGGGUUAGUUUAUAUAUAAAAUAUGCAAAUAAACCAUCACAUUCAUGUAUAGAAGUUACCCUGCCAUUACAGGGUGAGGGCUGAUCAAACUGCAUUGUACGCGGAGGCAUUCAUAUACAAGAUUUCUUGGAACAUGCAGUUCGUGGAAGCUUUAUUCCUUGGUACCUCUCAUUUUUUCUUUACUUCUCUUCUUAAUAUAUAAAUAUAUGGUGACAUUUUCCUCUUUUACCACACUUGUUAUCCAUCACAACCUACCAUUGUGAUUUUGCUGGAUACUUUUGUUUUAUUUUCUCUAAUUAAUAUAUAUUUUUGUUGAUUUUGGUUCCA